GGUUGCAAGAGAGACACAGAGCGCCACACCGUUGAAGUUAACGCACACAACGAUAUUGGAAGACGGGGAACAAUGGAAGAUUACCUGAAAAUAGAGAAAAUCGGCGAGGGUACCUAUGGUGUUGUGUACAAAGGCAGACACAAGUCCACCGGCCAGGUGGUGGCCAUGAAGAAGAUCCGUCUGGAAAGCGAGGAGGAAGGAGUGCCAAGUACGGCCGUGAGGGAGAUCUCUUUGCUUAAAGAGUUGGCGCACCCGAAUGUUGUACGGCUUUUAGAUGUGCUGAUGCAGGAGUCCAGACUUUACCUCAUUUUUGAGUUCCUGUCCAUGGACCUUAAGAAAUACUUAGACUCCAUUCCCUCUGGCCAGUACAUGGACCCUAUGCUUGUAAAGAGCUACCUGUACCAGAUCUUGGAGGGCAUCCUGUUCUGCCACUGUAGAAGAGUCCUCCACAGAGACCUGAAGCCCCAGAACCUAUUGAUUGACAACAAAGGAGUAAUCAAACUGGCAGACUUUGGGUUGGCCAGGGCCUUUGGGGUGCCAGUCCGGGUAUAUACCCACGAGGUUGUGACACUGUGGUACAGAGCUCCUGAGGUCCUGCUGGGUGCAGCGCGCUACUCUACCCCUGUGGAUAUCUGGAGUAUUGGGACCAUAUUUGCAGAGUUGGCCACUAAGAAACCCCUCUUCCAUGGAGACUCAGAGAUUGACCAGUUAUUUAGAAUAUUCAGGACCCUUGGUACACCCAACAAUGACAUCUGGCCAGAAGUAGAGUCUCUACCUGACUACAAGAACACAUUUCCCAAGUGGAAAUCAGGAAACCUGUCCUCCAUGGUGAAGAACCUGGACAAGAAUGGCAUUGAUCUGCUUGCUAAAACUUUGAUCUAUGACCCACCUAAGAGGAUCUCUGCAAGACAGGCUAUGACCCAUCCAUACUUUGACGACCUGGACAAAUCCACUCUACCAGCCAGCACAGUCAAGAUGUGAAUGCCACGCAACUCCACUCAAAGUUCCUGAAUGGAGACCACAAUAAUGGCAGCGUAUUGUUCCACUUUGUCUGAUAUUCUUUUUGUUUGUCUUUUCAUUCUUUUGUUUGUCAUUUUGCUAUGUAUUCUAAAUAUUCUGUAAAUAAUCUUUAUUAAAAAAAAGGUUGCCUUCAAAAGUAUAUUUUCAAUAAAGUGCACUUUUGUAGAUC